AAUUCUAUUCGUGCAAAGUUGAACAUUCCUUCAGACAUUCGGAGAAAGGUCUUCAAACAAAUGAAGGAUAUGUACUCAAAACAUGAUCUACCAAAUGUAGUUAGUGAAUUAUGUCAUCAGUGUGCAAAAAUUGCAAGAGAAGAAACUCGAAUGAAUUUAGAAGAUUCUAUUGAAGUUGUUUAUGAUAAUUUAAAGAAAAAUUCUAUUGAUAAGCAUUUGCUCAGGACUUGCCAGAAAGUUUGGGGACAUGUGGCUAAUAAGAUGUCACUAGCAAGUGCAUCUAGAAAAAUAGAUUCUGAUGGUGAAGGUCAUCAACCUGAUUUUAUGCUCACUAUUGAUCUUAAUGGAUAUAACAAAUUUGAAAUCUUGUUUGGUCUUUUCAAAUCACCUAGCAAAGCCAAUCCACAAUUGGUAAAUGUUGACUUGGUUGAUUUGGGAGUUCUCAUGAAAGACUCACUUGAUGAUAUCUAUGGCAAAGGAGUUGAAUUGGAAAUGGUUGUCUUUGGAAUUCACUCAUUUGGUUAUAAUAUUAGAAUUUAUGCAAUGGAUCUGUCAUAUGAUGGUGUGUACAGGAUGUUUUUAUUGGGUGAAUUUGAAUUGCCAAGGAGCAAUCUUAGUCUUUGUUUGGUAGAAGUCAUCUUAUAUGAAAUUGUAAAUUUAAAGAAGAAUUUAUUGAGAGGCUUUCACCUUAUGUAUCCAACCAUCACUAAUAAUAAUGAGAAAACUCCAACAAAAAAGAUGAUGAUGAUGAGAAAGACAUUAGCAACUCCUCAAAAG